CGAGAAAAUAGAAAGGCAGGCCUUCCCAGCUUCUGUUGCGCGUGUUCAUCCAACGAAUUCUUUCGCAUCUCCGUCCAUCAUUGCAUUCCUGCAUUGUCGUCUUUACCAACCUGCGUGCCAAGGUCACGGCGAUUGUGUGGUGCAGCCCGUAGAAGGCGGGGCCACUUUUGCGUUGGACCGGCUGUGGCUACAUUCGAGAACUUUGAGAAGAACUCGACCGCGUCGACGACAGCAGCGACCCCUUUUGUGGUGCGGCAUCGGUCGGAAGUCUGAUUCAGCUGAUUUGGGCGUUGCAAUACUGGCUACUGCGCCUCUGCGCAAUCUCGACUCAAGAGGGGGGAAACACCUUGGGUUGAUCUGCUGCCACGAUUUCCGCGUGCGGGCCGGACCCUGACGCCCAGAACCUGCGCUUCGACCAACCUGCGUUCCAACUUGCCAGGUCUUCUCACCAUCCAAUUAUUGCAUCACCACGCCGCCCAAUGGCCCAAGACAUGUUUAAUCAAGGAUUCGGAGCCCUUGCACCGCCAAAUCCACGCAGAUUGCCUUUUGACUUCAAUGACAACGACUCUUCGGUCUCCCUCCCCCCUCCGCCACCCCCUGCUAGAGGCCACCAACGAUCUAGAACCACCACGGACCUCCCUCCGCUCUUUACCCGCGCCCAGUCUUCCUCUCCCACGAGAUCCUCUGCAUUUUCCUUCCUGCGCCCUCAAAGCACUCGCUCUCUGUCUCCGGAGAGACUGAGGAGUGUAGGGACUGCUGAGGACCCUGGUCUAACAGAGUCGCCCUCAAAGAGAAAAUCGGGUGGAUUGGCGAGCUGGUUCGAGGGGUCUUCGGAUCCGGUCAAUAUAUCUCUGGUGCCUUCCCCUCGCAAGGAAAAGCUGGAUCCUCUUUACGAAGCCUCUGCCACUGAAGAGGGCUUCUCCAUGAGUCCGGAUUCUGAAGACAACAACUUGACACGACGCCUCCAAAAGAAGCCCAGUUUACCGGGCCCUGCCGUGUCAACCAUGUCGAAGUUCAACAACAUCUUCAGGAGGAGUACCAUAACACAAACCGCUCCGGAGGAUCCGGAUGACUUAGCGCAGCUUGACAUUGACGAGGCUCUUUUCCCGCACGGACACCCCGGUGAAUUUUCUCCUGCUGCCUUUAAAAACCUCCAGCUCAAUGCCGAAGGGACAAUCCGCCGCUUUCAACAGGCAUACAAAGAACAGCGACAGUCUCUGAGAUCGGCCACCUCCACCAAGAAUGUCCAAGCAGAUGAACUCGAGGCUGCCCAGACGAGAAAUGAGCAUUUAAAAUUACAAUUGCAGGAGAUGGCAGAACGAGCUGCAGAGCAGCAAAAUUUAAUUGCGGAUCUGAGGGCGCAGCUCGCGGCACAAUUAUCUCUCGACUCUCAACAGAGUGUCCGAAUCGUGCCCCAAAAUAUUGAUUCCAAACCUCGUCCCAAGUACCGCCGAAAUCGCUCGUCCGACGUUUCAACAUCAGGGGAGUCAGAAGCCGGGUCCGAAGUGAGCUCGGUGGUCAGCAUCUUUUCAGAAGCGUUGUCAGCGGCACCCUCCCAAGCCACAUCCAUCGCAAGUCCGGUCCUGAAGUCUGCAAGCUUGGCUAGAGACGAUUGCCCAAGGUGUCAUGGAUUACGGCCUGCGGAUGCAUGGGAUGUGGUUGGCAUGAUGAAGAUGGAGUCGGCGGCCCUUAAACACCGCAUUGCCGAGUUGGAAAGUGCACAGGAUGAUGCGCUGGAUUUUCUUAGCGGAUUGAAGUUAUCCUCGUGACUAACUAUCUCGUGAAUCAUGAGUGGUCAAGAUACCCAGGCGUUACAGGUUGCAUUAUAUAGCUUGCACAGACUCGUUGUGUAUAUGCAGAUUAUUUUUGUAUAACCAGAGAUCGGUCACCUACCCAGAACCGAGUACAAUUGAGUACAAAGAUGAC